CCGCGUAGCACAACUCUGCAUCCUGAUUGGUUCGCCGCUCGGAAAAAGUGACAGAAGCACGCCUCGGCCUACACUUCCGGUGGCGCCGCGGCCUACACUUCCGGCGCUACUCCCAGACCUUCUCUUGCUGAUUUUGCCCGGCGGGUGGGGAGGAUGUGGCCGGCGGGGCUGCGGAGGGGCUUGUGGCUGGCGUUGGGAAAGAGGGCGGUCUUCUCAGGCGGAGGAAGGCCUUCUUUUCCUCCUUCCCCGCCUCCUCCGCCUCCUCCUCGGUGGCGUUGGGCAGCAAUGGGAGCGUGCGGAGCGGGAGCCGGGCUGCUGCUGCUACUCUUCUUCCCUCGCAAACGGCGGAGGCCCGAGGAAGGCCUUGUCCCUGCGCUCUUAGCCGCCGUGCCUUCCCCGCCGCCUUCCCCGCGCAGCACUUACAACUUCAUCGCCGAUGUCGUGGAGCGGACCGCGCCGGCCCUCGUCUACAUCGAGAUCCUGGGCAGGCAUCCCUUCUCCGGGCGCGAGGUACCCAUCUCCAACGGCUCAGGCUUCGUGGUCUCUUCAGACGGGCUGAUUGUGACCAAUGCGCACGUAGUGGCCAACCGGAGGCGGGUGCGGGUGCGCCUGGCCAGCGGGGAGCUCUAUGAUGCGACGGUGCGACUGGUGGACCAGGUGGCCGACAUCGCUACCCUCAAGAUCUCCCCUAAGAAACCCCUGCCCACGCUCCGCCUGGGCCGCUCCUCGGAGGUGCGCCAGGGGGAGUUUGUGGUGGCCAUGGGCAGCCCCUUCGCCCUCCAGAACACCAUCACCUCCGGCAUCGUCAGCUCGGCCCAGCGGGGGGGCCGGGAGCUGGGUCUCUCCUCCUCGGACAUAGAGUACAUCCAGACUGAUGCUGCUAUCGAUUUUGGGAACUCUGGAGGUCCCCUUGUCAAUCUGGACGGAGAGGUGAUUGGGGUGAACACCAUGAAGGUGACGCCCGGGAUUUCCUUUGCCAUCCCCUCGGACCGUCUCCGGGCCUUUCUAGAGAAGGAGGAGAAGAGCAAAGACUCCUGGUUUGGUGGCAAGAAGGAGGGGAAGAGGCGCUACAUUGGCGUGAUGAUGCUGACCCUGACCUCCAGCAUCUUGUCAGAGCUGAAGAUGAGAGACCCUUCCUUCCCGGACAUCUCCUAUGGAGUCCUGAUCCACAAGGUUAUCAUUGGUUCUCCAGCACACCAGGCGGGACUCAAGGCAGGCGACGUGGUGGUGGAGAUCAAUGGCCGGGCCUCCCGCCGGGCAGAGGAUGUCUAUGAGGCCGUGCGGACCCAGGACCACCUGACCCUGCUGGUCCACCGGGGCUACGAGGCCUUGCUCCUGACCAUCACCCCCGAAGUCACCGAGUGAAGCAGGAACGAGGCAGAAAGGUCCCUUUAUUUUCAUAAUGGAUGCCUUGUUCAAGGGAGCAUUAAGUAAGAGUUGCUCUCUCAAAGGUGGGGCUGUGCAAGUUGACCCCCACAUUCCUCAAAGCGGACAUGGUUUCUCACGGUUAAAAGGCUGUGUGACAGUAGCUGUGCUCUCCCCACUCUCAGACUUGUAGGGACAGUGUGUUCCAGGCCCACUGCAUUGACAAUGAGAGCACAAGGGGGGGACAUGUGUAUGGGGGAACCUAUUUUGAGUGCGUUGAGGGCGGCUUUUUGUGGCCCCUGAACGUCGUAGGUUGAGCUGGUUCAGAAAUGCGUAUCUUAUGUGCAUCACAUCUCUUCCUAAAGGACUUUGUGUGAAAUCAGAAGAUAAUGUAGUGGCAAUGCCUUGUGCUGGUUGGGGAUAGUGGGAGUUGUAGUCCAAUACAGAAAGAGGGAGCUGGACUGGGGAGGCUGCCAUAAGGACCAGCACCUUGAGCUUUGUCUUCUUUUUUUUUUUUUACAGUAGCUACUGAAAAUUAUGUGUGGGGAGUUGUGGGCCUUGACCCAUUCUCCUAAGGUUUUGACAAAAUAAAUCUUGGGAUGCGCA